AUGGAUCAGAGCACUACGACAACGUUACACCAAACUUUACCUGGUUCAGGAACGAUUGGCAAGAAAAAGAAGAGCCGCAAGCCAAAGUUUUCGCCAGAGGAGCGUGUCGCACUUGAAGAAACGGCCGUUUUGGAAGAUAAGGUCGGUCGGCUCACCCAGGUCAAGCGAUACAUGCAAAAGGGAGAGGAAGCAGAGCUUGAAGAGCUUGUUGCACAUUGGCGAUCAGUAUGCCAGAAUAUCACAAUGGAAAUCAUAUGUGUCCUUGGUCCCGAUGACGCUCUCUUUCAACCAACGAUCCAAUCAGCCGUUUAUUCGUCAUGGGGCUAUGAUGACGCAGCACCAGCAGCAGCAGCCACUGAAGAGGACGGAGGAUACGAGCGUGAGCUGUCAUCGCUUGAGCAGCCUACCACUACUAGUACCAGUACUGACGAUUCGUUCGAUGACAUGAAUUGCCGCCGUCGCCGUCACGGUGGUCGAGAUGACAGUGACGAGGAAGAGGAGGAUGAUGUGACAAGACUACUCGCCAAACUGCACAUUGAUCCGGAACUUAUCCACUAUUCACCUGAAAGAGGAGAAUUCUACUGA